AUGUCCGACACCAAAAACGCACCCGCCGCCGACGAUGCGACGCCCACGCAGCGAUACGGUCUGUUUGGCGGGCUCGCCGCGCUCCGCGAAAAAGCCAACAUUCAAGACCGUCUAGUCGAGAGGCUGCUCGCGCAGGUCAUCCCCGCCGAGGAUGGCGAGGUCAGCUUCACGCUCGACGAGUCCGUCGCGCACGCCCACCGCGCGCCCGAGUUCAGCCUCGGCACCAUGUCGUACAACUUUCGGCGCUUCAACGCCCGCGCCGGCGUGCUCUUCAAGCUCCAGGACCUCAGCGAGUCGCUGCUCGAGUGGCAGAAGCCCACGCAGACGCUCUCCCUCCUCGCCGUCUACACCUUUGUCUGCCUCGACCCGCACCUCGUCGUCGUGCUGCCGCUCGUGCUGCUCGUCCUCGCCGUGCUCAUCCCGAGCUUCAUGGCGCGGCACCCGGCGCCCCCGCGCGGCACCCUCUCCAGCGAGCAGGGAGUCGGCUACUCGGCCGCCGGCCCGCCCCUCGCGCCCCCCGUCACCGUCACGCCCGUGCGCGAGCUCAGCCGCGACUUUGUCAAGAACAUGCGCCGGCUGCAGAACCAGAUGGGCGGCUUCGUCCACGCGCACGACCUCGUCGUCGAAAAGGUCCUGCCCCUGACAAACUUUGGCGACGAGGCCCUCUCCUCGGCCGUCUUCCUCGGCGCCGUCGUCGGCAUCUUGGUCACCAUGACGACGGCGCACCUCGUCCCCUGGCGCUUCGUCCUCCUCGGCGGCGGCUGGGCGCACAUCUGCUCCGCGCACCCCUACGCGAUCCAGCUCGUCGCGGACCUCAAGGCCGGCAAGUUUGGCGACCUCGCCGCCGCGGGCAUGGGCAAGGUCGCCGCCGAGGCCAAGGAGGGCGGCGACAAGGCCAAGUCGUUUGCCGACCGGUGGAUCGCGUCCGACAUGAUCCUCGACACGGCGCCCGAGACGCGCGAGGUGGAAAUCUUUGAGCUGCAGCGCAAGACGCGCCCCGGCGAGUGGGAGCCGUGGGUCUUUUGCCCCUCGCCGUACGACCCGCUGUCGGCGCCGCGCAUCGCCGGCGACCGCCCCGGCGGCACGCGCUUCUUCGAGGACGUCGCGCCGCCCGACGGCUGGGAGUGGAGCGAGAAGAAGUGGGCGCUCGACCUCUGGAGCCGCGAGUGGGUGGAGGAGCGCAUCAUCACGAGCGUCGAGGUCGAGACCGAGGGCGAGCGCUGGGUCUACGACAUGUACGACGAGGACGAGGACGUGCUGCGCCGGUCGCGCGUCGUCGAGCACCCGGACGCCGAGGCCGCCAAGAACGUCUCCCACACGAGCUGGGAGGAGGGCGAGGACGGGAAUGGGUUGAAGGGCGAGUGGAGGAGGAGACGCUGGGUGAGGCUGGUCAAGCGCAAGACUAGCCUGGUGGACUAUGCGUGA